AUGCCAUGGGGGAAAGGCCGACAGCAGCAAUGGUCUUCAUGGGAGUCUUGGAAUCAGACCCCGCAGAAGAAGAAUCGCAAGUGGCAGAAAGACCUCGACAAGGAGCCAGCCUUCUACGGGUACGAUGGAAAAAAGGUGAAGGUAGAAGAUGCUGCAGAUCGUACUUUUGGCCGGUCCUCUGCUUUGCCCUCUCCGGACAACUCGCUCAAGGACGAGAACAAGCAGCUCAAAGCUGCCAUGAAGUUUGUUCUGGAAAAUAUGAACGGAAAGGUGGAGAUUCCGGCGGAUAUCCAGGACUUGGUGAAAGAAGAUCCUCGCGAGUCUUUGCGAGAGCGACAGAAGGCUCUCAAUCAGGAGAGACGUGGAUUGAACCGCUUGGAGAAGGUCAAGGACUCGAUAGAGAAAGAAGAGUGCAAGUUCCGCUCCUGGAAGGAGUGGAUGAGCCAGGGCUUGAAGCAGGAGGAGAAGAGGCAUGGAGAUGCUGUGAUUCAGCUCCAAGAGCAAUUGCGCUCCCUGGAGCGCCAGAGGGAUGGUGUGGAUCCUGUGGAGGUGGAUUCGGAGUCAGAUGCAGAAGGAGUCAAGCCUGCCAUUGUACACCUGGAAAAGGAAUUUGCUGGGAUGCGGCAGGACUUCAAAGACCUUACUACUUACACUGCACAGCUAGAGCAUCGCAAUUAUCAGAUGAUCGACAACAUGCAUUCGCAGAUGAUGUCUAUGCUCACCAAGCUUGCGGACAAUGGAUCACUGCACACAGAUGCUCUCCGCAAAUCGCCGGAACAGAAUAUUCGCCCCAAAGGGGAAGGCAAGAUCCCGGUGAUUCUUACGCCCGAGAAGCCCGAGAGGCGUGGUCGCUCCAGAUCACGAGGUCGAGGAGGAGGUGGAGAGACCGAGAAGAAGAGUGCGGAGAAACAGGAUGUUCAUGCUGGAUUGAAAGAGAAGUUGCAAGGGCUGCCAGAGGUCUGUCAGGCAAAGAUUCUAGGGGUCUUGAACUCCAAUCUGGACAGCUAUCCGACUUUCGACAGUGUGGACAAGCUCAUCCAGGAGGUGAUGGCGACAUUCAAUGCUGCUGGCCCUCCUGGAUUGUUGCCUGUGAAGAAAGAGCCGGAAGAAGAGAAAGUGACUCCGAAGAAAAGGGUGAGAGAUGCCCUUCUCCCUUUCGGAGGUAGCGGCAUCUCACGGAACUAUUUUGCUGGGGAAUGCUGCGCCAGAUGCUAUGAACGACAUGGAAUAGAAGGCACUAUGGCCUUGCGGUCUUUACGAAUUGACCUGGAGGAGACGUUUGAUGCUGCCCUGGGUCGAGAGCUAUGUGGUUGUGAGGACUUUCUACUGCUA